AUGGGUGUGGCUCAAUAUGCUAAUGGCAUUGACGAUGGCACCUUGGAGAUAGGAAUCGAAUACAUAAUUGUAUAUGGAGUUACUGGACCAUUGCUCAUUCUUGAGAAAGUCAAGGUGAUUAAAGGCUUUGGACCAGUUCUCUCACUCUACAGUGAUGAAACGGUUUAUUAUCGUCACAUUGAUUGUGCUCAAGUUUAUGGCAACGAGAAGGAGAUUGGCUCUGUAUUGAAGAAACUGUUUGGUGAUGGUGUUGUGAAACGUGAAGAUUUGUGGAUUACCUCGAAACUCUGGAAUACCGAUCAUGCUCCGGAAGAUGUACCGCCAGCAUUGGAUAGGACUUUAACAGACUUACAGCUUGAUUAUGUUGAUUUGUAUCUUAUCCAUUGGCCUGCUCCGAUGAAGAAAGGAUCAGUAGGUUUCAAGCCUGAAAAUCUUGUGCAACCUAAUAUUGCCAGCACAUGGAGGGCGAUGGAAUCACUCUAUGACUCUGGCAAGGCACGGGCUAUAGGUGUAAGCAAUUUCUCCACCAAGAAGUUGGGGGAUUUGCUGGAGAUUGCUCGCAUUCCACCUGCUGUCAAUCAAGUCGAGUGUCAUCCUUCUUGGAGGCAGGACAAGCUGCAGGAUUUUUGCAAUUCCAAAGGUGUCCACCUCUCUGUGAGUUUUGAAAUCUUGAAUGAUCAUUAUUUUGUUUCUGCAUAUUAAAUUGGCCUUUUUCA